AUGGAAAGCGUAUCUGGAAGACUGGUGGUAUCUUCUGGUUUAACACCUUACGAUGUUACAAUCCUUCUGAUAAUUUAUAUGUACUGCUGUUGUGAUAAACAAGUUCCCAUCAGAAUAUUUAUAGACUUAAUUUCACCUACACUUUCCCCAUCCGAGUACAACCCUAUUUUAGAAAUUCUCUCUGAGAGAGAUGUAUUACAAAAUCCAUCACUGCCGACAUUAACCUUUAUAAUUAAAACCCUUUUAGAAAAUGACAUAAAAGAUAUAGCUCUGAAUGUUAUUUCAACUUUAGAACAAAUCAAUUCAAUUGAUAAGGUGGUCCUGAUAGUAAAUGUCCUUGCAAGGGAAUGUGUUGUACCUGACUACAAAUGCAUAAAUAAUGUUCAAACAGCGGAUUCAUCACACGGUUGGAGGUUAGUAUCUAAGAAAAGUUUACUGGGCCAAUAUAUUGACAAAUGCUAUUCUAGAUUUCAAGUUGGAGAAUUUUUUGAGGAACAUUUACUGCUAAAAAGAAUAAUGUCACAUUUGAAGGAUUUUAAGCAUUCUAAGCUAUAUGCUGAUCUUCAACAUUUGUUAGAUACUAAAGCACAGAAUGUUCUAUUAAGUUUUGAAUCAGAUGACGAGUCCUCUGGUGUUUUACUUUUAAAUAUUCUAAAAUCAACAAAUAACGUUAAACCAGAUCAAGAAAUAAUAGUUUCGGAUGAAUAUUAUCAAAACAUAAUUAAUUGGGAGCUAUACAAAUUAAUGCCAAAUAAUAAUGAUUUAACUGAACAAGACAAAAUCGCAUCAAAUAUACGAUCUGCAUAUUUAAUAAACUCUGCAACUUUGGAAGAAUAUUCCAGAUUUCCUACUUUACAUUUAUUGAACUACUUUUUAUAUUCCAACUCAAAUUUCUAUCAAGAUGCUAUGGACUCUCUACACAGCUAUUCAGAUCAUAUUUUGACAAGAAAUGGAGAUAACUAUUUCCAUAUUGCGUUAUUAUCAAUGGCAACAUUUCAUUCGCAUUAUAAUGAUUGUGAGGCUGCAGUUAAAGAUUUUAUAGAGGCAACAAAAGUUGCCAGAGAGAAUAAAGACACAUCCACAUUAUAUCAAAUAAUGAUAUGGGUACUUUCUUUUGUUGAAUCACAUCCAGAAUAUUCACACACGUUAGGCUUAUCUUUUGAUCAGAUUAUUAAUUAUCUUGAGAAUUGUAGUGAUAUGGAAGAUUCUUUCAUCGCAGAAAAUACUUAUAGAUGGAAAUCUUUAAUUGGUUUAAAAGAAGGCUCAAAUUUGGUUUGUCUACUUGAAGAUACAUGUAGAUUUAUGACAUUAGCUUUUCAAUCAAUGACUGAUUUUAAAUCCAAAGCUUCAACAUUUACAUUUUUAGAAAAUUUAUGGGAAAGCCUUGGCAUUAACGAUUUAAGCGAGAUAUAUGGUUUCUUUGUUAAAAUACAUAAAAAUUCAAUUGAUUCAAAAAUUAAAAGAAUUAAGACUGAUUUUGACAAGGCCAAAUAUUAUAAUAUAGACUACCUGCUAUUACAUAUAAAUUCCCCAAGACUUUCAAGUAAAAUGCUCAUGCGCUUGAAGUUGUUAGAAAUUCAGUAUGAUCAAUCAAUUGGUGACGCCAGCAUAGCUUUAGAAAAAAUCAAAAAUAUAUUGUAUGAAAAAGAUAAUGACAUGAAUCCAGCAUUGAGUUUUUACUGGAGAUUUCAUUUUUUGAAAGAAGAAUGUAAUAUUUUUAUUUCGUCUGGAUUAGCUUCUAGGGCAUUUUCUAGGGUAAAAUUAUUGGGAGAAAUGGCUCUGCAAAAUAAAAAUCCGAAACUAAUGGCAGAAUCCUUAUUAUUAUUAUCUAAAACUAUAUGCCAAUUCAACAAAAACCCUUUGGACAGUUUGAUUUUUCCUAACCAUUUAGUUCCCUUCAUCUUUCCGAAUAUCAAAAAUCAAUUUUUAAAUUUGAUUGAAUCUCCAAGUAUAGAAGUAAACUGCUAA